UAUAUGGGCAACACUGCAAAAAACCAGCUUCGUCGCAAGUGACAUCAAGCUUUGUGCGCUGAAAAAGACUGAAAUUUCAAGAGAAUGACUGAAGUUUCAAGGCGUAGAUCGCUGCGACUUCUACUGCUUUUCGCUUCGGUUUCUCUACAAUUCAUUUCAGGGUUUUCCGGCGACUCUACAAGUUCAAUCAGCUUAAACUCAAAGUCUAAUGCAAAUAGUAAAAAUGGGACCAAGUUAGUCAUCAUAUUGAUUGUGCUGGUUGCUGUUGGGUUGUUUUCGUUUUUCCUUUUCAAGGUAUGGCAAAAAAGGAAACGAGACGAGCAAUAUGCCCGUCUUUUAAAGUUGUUCGAAGAAGAUGGUGACCUCGAGGCUGAACUCGGCCUUCAUGACUGACAGCAUCAAUGAAAAACUGAGCUCAUCCUCUUUGAGGUGUGUAGAUAAAACUGUCUUUGUGAUCUUCAAUCACCAAGAUUCAGUUAAAUUCCUUGUUUUGUUUUGCAAGGACGUAUUGUAGCAGUUGCAUGUAAAAGAAAAAAUUUGUAAUCCUAUCCAAUUAUGUAGAUCUUUGGGAUUCACUAUAAAGGGCACCCUCCUUAUGCUGUGUUGAAGCUUGAAAA